AGAUAUCAGUGCGCAUUCUUUUUCUUUGCAUAAAAGUGCGAAAUCUAAACAACAAAUCUCGAAAAUCUUGAAACCACGAAUAGAUAAUUUUUAUUCGUAGAAUUUUUAUCAAUAUUCAUAGAAAAAUUAUCUUCUAAACAUGGCUCGAAAUGCAGAAAAAGCGAUGACAACCCUUGCUCGAUGGCGGGCCGCACAAUUAGGUGAAAAUGAUAAGAGUAAGCAACGGCGACCUUACUUGGCAUCAGAUUGUAAAGAUCGUCGAAAAUGUGAAAAAUGGAGAUUACAAAUUAUUCGAGAAAUUGCUAAGAAAGUUGCUCAGAUUCAAAAUGCGGGCUUAGGAGAAUUUCGGAUACGCGACUUAAAUGAUGAAAUCAACAAAUUAUUACGUGAAAAAAGACAUUGGGAAGCACAAAUUAAAGAAUUAGGUGGUCCAGAUUAUCAAAAAACUGGGCCACGUAUGUUAGAUCAUGAAGGUAAAGAAGUUCCAGGAAAUAGAGGGUAUAAAUAUUUUGGUGCUGCAAAAGAUUUACCAGGAGUACGAGAAUUAUUUGAACAAGAACCACCACCGCCACCGAGGAAAACACGUGCAGAAAUGAUGAAGGAUAUUGAUGCUGAUUAUUACGGGUAUCGGGACGAUGAUGACGGAAUUUUAGCACCUUUAGAAUUGCGAGCUGAAAAACUUUCAAUUCAAAACGCGAUUAAAGAGUGGAAAUCAAAAAAAGAAAAUAAAAACUCCGGAGAAAAUGGCAAUGAUGAUGAUGAAGAAGAUGACGAGGAGGACAUUUAUCAUGUAGACACAACCACAUUAUCAGAUAGCGAAGAUCCAACAGAAAUAUCAAACUUAUCUGAAUUAUCAUCAAAUCCCAAAUAUAUUGCUCAUGUCCCAGUUCCGACACAACUAGAAGUUGAACAAGCCUUGCUGGAACGUCGUAAACAGGAAUUAAUGGAGAAAUAUGGUGUAAGAGAAACAAAAAAUGAAGAAAUUUAAAGUUUGGUUAGUUUUUUUUUUCUUUUCAUCUUUUUGUACAGUCAAACUCG